GUGGAUCUGAGCGAGACGAACUUUGACGAAGUCGUGGGACGAGGGACGCCGGUGCUCGUCAAGGUGUACGCGGAGUGGUGUAAACAUUGCGUCGCGUUGGCACCGGUGUGGGGGGAGGUGGCGCGCGAACUCGAGGGUGAGCUCUUCGUCGGUCGCGUCGAUGGGCCGAAGAAUAGGUUGCUGUUGAAACGCAUAGGCGCCAAGGCGUACCCGACCAUCGCGCUGUUCAAGAAUGGGAAA